AUGUAUUCCCGACUUACUGAAAAGCUGAAGCUACAGGCACGGCCCGGGGGUCAUGGCGCCGGGCAGAAGUACAAUCCACGGGGUAACAACUCCGUAAUAAAAUUCUUCAGAUGGUUCAAGGGUUAUGUCGCUUCAGCUGUUGGUAGCGUUCCUACAGAACACGUGACUAAGGCUCAGUGUCGUCUGGAGAAUACGAAAUUUGUUUCCGAAAUCGUGGGACUUAGCGGACAGUUAUCAGAAGCAAGCAAAACGUUUAAAGAACUUGAUACAAAGAUAAACGUCGUUUCUGGCAAGAUAAUACAUCUUGGUGACCAACUUGAGCGAAGGAAUGCGCCUCGGGAGAGUCUCAAGGAAGCCCGUCGGCUUAUCUUGGAAUUUUCCAAAUUUCUUGGGGCUGGAGGUGGCACAUUUGCAAAUAUUUCUGUUAAUUCACAGGCUAACGAAACACAGGCACGUAUUCCGCUAAGACUUAUAGAAAAGACCGCCAGUAUUCGAGCACUGAGUGCGCUUUGCUUGGAGCUUCCAGAUGACGAGCGAUUCCUGGUUGCCAAGCAGCGAGUUACUAUUGCCAGUCAAAACUUAGAAAACUUACUGGUGAAUUGGUUCCGCCAUGACUUUUCCACCGAGAAUGAUGAUAUGAUGCGGCGUAUUGCAGAAGUAUUGACCUACUCAAGGAGUCAAUCCGGUUGUGCUGAUGUCUUCAUAGAUGAGUUUCUCAAAUGUCUCCCUUCAGAUUUGGGUGAUUUGUCUAUGCUACCAGAUAUUCUUGCGCAAACCGAGGCGAAAAUCAUUCGCAUUUUUCGCCGACCGGAAAGCGUUAUAAUUCAUCUAAUGCAGGCACUAUUCUCACAAAAUCUGAAGAUACAUUUUCAAUCCAAAGUUCGGUUGGACAUGCCCACUGAUGUCUUUCUAACCAACCUAUUUACUGAAUACUGCAACUUUGACCGGCUGGUAUUUCAAUUGAUUGAACGUCUUCAACUUCUCUCUGAUGAGACUCAGCUAUACAAACUCCUCAGCGGCUUAGCUGAUGAGGUGCUGCAGGACUACCAAAUCCGAGAAACAAGUUGGCUCAAUGAGCACCUUCGGGGUCAAUUGUCUACCUACUAUGCAUCUUACAAUCAUUCAAAACGUUCUCUCCCCACAUCUGGAUUUUCGGAAUUAAAAAGCGCGGUCCAGGCGCGCCUUCAUAUUAGCAACGAUCGAGAAAUUUCUACGAGUUGCCUCCUCCUCUCUCAGGAAGUUGUAGUCAACAUGCUCGACGACGUCCGACAGUCUGCAAAACGUUGCAUGCUGCUUGCUAAGCCUACGGCUAGACCGCAAUUCGGGCUGCAAAUUUUGGAUAUACUAGUCCGUUAUUUGGUAAAUGAACACAUCGACUAUGGAAUCACUGUGGCUUUGCAAGUUUUGAACAGCAUGGACCCAAAGAUUGCGGAUCCAUCCUUUACCUUCUUUGCAGCCGUCAAUGAAAGCACUACACUGUUCGACCUCUUUGAAAAGGCAGUUAAUGAAUUCAUUGGACCUCUGCUUGCUGGCAGUCCGUCUCAAGUGCAAAAGUGUCUGACCAGGCGACAGGAACUGCGAUAUCGUCUUGAGGAGAAGCUCUCGACGGGCCUCGAACAGUGUCUCAGUCUUGCAUUAACCCGCAUUCAGAUAAUCCUAUUGAACCAACAGAGGAAGACCGACUUCAAAAGCGACGUUUCAGCGAUGAAUUCCGCUGCAGUGACUGAACUUCCCGCCUGCUCCUUGGCGUGCCAAGACGUUUGCAAAUUUGUCCAUAAAGUUAUUGAAGGCGCACGGCAAAAUCUAGAUGGUCAAAACCUUUGCGGAUUUCUUCACGAACUGGGCUUGCGAUUUCAUCGCCUUUUGGUAGACCAUUUCUAUGGCUUCUCUUUCUCUGAUUCAGGUGGAUUCGUUGCUAUGCAGGAUGUCACAGCCUAUCGCGAUACUGCUCGUGAAUGUCAGAGCGCAAAAAUCGACUAUCUCUUUGACAUUUUGCUUAAGCUAAUGAAUUUGAUGUUAAUAAGGCCCCAGAACGUGCGCCAAGUUUGGCAAGACUACGAACAAUCGGGAAUACCCAGAGAGCUCCUCGCGAACUUCAUCUCAUUACGGGCCGACUAUAAACCAAGGCUGCAGUCCGCGAUUAAGCGCUAUUUGGAGGCUCCGCGAUGUAAACCCCAUCCCAAUUAA